CAGUUCCCCGGGCGACGGCACAGCACAAUCGUGCGAGGCUCGCCUAAAAAAAAAAGGAAAGAAAAAAGAAAACCGUGCGGCGCCGCUCGUCCGCCCGCCGCUAGCGCCGACGUCACCUCUCUCGGCCACUGGUGCUCCGGUGCGAGCUGCUCUGCGCGGCGCCGCCACCUGAAUCGGAUCGGAGGGGAGGAGAUCUCGGCCGAGCAGAAGCGGCGGCGGCGGUGCUCGCGGAGGAGGGAGUAGCAGCAGCAGCAGCAUCGCAAAGAGGGGGAGGAACAGCCAUGGAUCCCGACGCGGUGAAGUCGACGCUCUCCAACCUGGCCUUCGGCAACGUCAUGGCCGCCGCCGCCCGCGACUACCAGAAGGAAAUUGUAGCUAAAGAGAAAGCCCAAGCAGCAAGUGCAAGCCAUGAUGAAGUUGAUCUUGACGAAUUAUUGGAUGACCCAGAGCUUGAGAAGUUGCAUGCGGAGAGAAUUGCUGCUCUCAAGAAAGAGGUCGAGAAGCGUGAAGUGCUAAAAAGGCAAGGUCAUGGUGAAUAUAGGGAGAUAACUGAAGGGGACUUCCUAGGAGAGGUCACUGGCAGUGAAAAAGUCAUCUGCCAUUUCUACCACCGUGAAUUUUACCGUUGCAAGAUCAUGGAUAAGCAUUUGAAGGCCCUUGCACCAAUCUAUUUGGGAACUAAAUUCAUCAAGCUUGAUGCUGAAAAUGCUCCGUUCUUUGUCACGAAACUGGGAAUCAAAACAUUGCCCUGUGUGAUACUGUUCAAGAAGGGCAUUGCUGCUGAUCGGUUAAUUGGGUUUCAAGACCUCGGCAGCAAAGAUGAUUUUUCAACAAGAGCAUUGGAAAAUAUACUCAAGAUGAAAGGUAUAAUUGACGAAAAGAAGAAGGAUGAGGAUGAUGAAGAUGAUGAAACCUAUAUGUCAAUGAACAGGAGGGUCAGAUCUUCAACCGCUCAAGAUUCUGAUUCUGAUUGAGUAUGAAGUGUUCCACUCCCCUGUAACAUCAAGUUUCUUUUGUACUCUAGUUCUCAAAAUAUCUCUGUGUUUGUGUAAUAUGUAUUCCGAAUAUUAUCAACCUGGUUAGGAAAUGAGUGACUUGAAAAUGUACUGCCUAGUUAGCUGCAUUUCAUUCAUACUGGCAAGUAGGCGUAUGUGUUAUCAGUUGGUAUGCUUUACCCAUAACAGUAUCUACAAAGGAGUUUCUACUAGCUCCUACGUUGGUCAUCAUGCUGCCAAAUUACUGGAGUAAACUAGUGUUUCAGCUAGAAUGCUUGAUUGGUGACUAGUACCAUCUGUAACCAAUUCACUGUGAACCAUUACAGUUGCAGUUGAUCAAUUGGAUUUAGUUCUCUCA